CGCAUCAUUCCUAAUUCAAAAAACAAUAUAUAAUGUUAACAACUAUACCUCCCUCACUUAAACUGGAGAAUCAUUGCUGUGCACAUCCUAUCAAGAGAACAGAACAGCUAAAACAACCAACUUGAAGUGAUGCCCUGGUCACAGGCCCAGAGACAGAGGCUCGGCUUUGAGAAAACGUUGUUGGAGAGCUAUUUUCGUGACAGAGUGACAUGGAUUAGUCCCGGAGACCAAACGAUAGUGGAAGUUCGAGCUACAUGCACCAACGACAGACAGUACACGCUGAGGAUUUAUCUGCCAACUGAUUUCCCCAAUUCCUGUCCCAACAUGGUUGUCAAGGCAUCGGCUAGAUUGAGGGCGCGUAACGGAGAUCUUCUAGAGUGCUAUCCAGGAGACAACCACAUCGGGAAAACCGUAGAAGGCUACACAGGCAUCUGCCAUUUCAGGCCAAAUAGAUGGAGGAACGAUAAUACUUUGUAUCAGGUGACGAUGAAGGGUCUGAUAUGGCUGGAAGCUUAUGAGGCGCAUCUUCGCACCGGCCAACCCUUGAGCCAAUUUUUGACCGAUAUGCCAGAUCGUUAAAAUAUAAAUUAUGGUUGGUCG